AGUUAAUGUUGCCAUUUGUUGACUGACAGCCAGAAAUGCUAAAACUCCUUGCACAAGGCUAGGGCUUCCUCUUUUCGACCGUGCAUUGGAUUGAUCACAGCGAAGGGAGACGGUUGUAUUUUUCUACUACCGUAUUUUUUGCUCCAUAAGACGCACCAGACCAUAAGACACACUAGUUUUUGGUGGAGGAAAACAAGAAAAAAAAUAUUCUGAAUCUCAGAAGCCAGAACAGCAAGAGGGAUUGCUGCGCAGUGAAAGCAGCAAUCCCUCUUCCUGUUCUGGCUUCUGGGAUAGCUGCGCAGCCUGCAUUCACUCCAUAAGACGCACACACAUUUCCCCUUACUUUUUAGGAGGGAAAAAGUGAGUCUUAUAGAGCAAAAAAUACGGUAAUUACCUUGUGUCUUUGGCCUGCUUUAAUUGCGUUAGCUUCUAUUUAAUUGAUAUUUUAGUCCUAUUAAAUUUUCUUUUUUCUGUGUAAUAUUUUCUUUUACUUUUACUCUGCUUUCCCACCCCCCUUUUUGGUCUUUAAUUCCCGCCUACUCCCCCCUCCCCCCUUUAGCUUACCUUAACAUUGGGUCUUCUAAUUUGGUGACAGGCCUCUCCAAGGCCGGUUUUCUUUAAUUCAUUGCCCCGGCUGCCCCUUUUCUGCCAGUCCCGGGUGAAGGGUGGGCCUGGCUGAGGGCGCAGCGGCCUCAGCCUGCGCAGGGGCCCAGCAGCCUCGGCCUGGCCUUGGGCGGCCGUUUUUAGGCCUUUUUUGGAGGCGCCUUAUGCCGCGCUGUGGUGGGGAGUGCCUCUGGCCUUGCCAGGCCCGUGAGCUCCCCCCCCGCCCUAUUCCUUAAAGGGCCGGUUUCGGCCUUGUUAGCCUGGCAGGCCUUCCCUGCAAAGCAGGGAGGCCUGGUGUAUGCCAGGGCUGCAGGGAGGCAGGCACGGCCUAAUUGGGGCCUGGGAGCAGGCCCCGUUGUGAUCACCACCUUCCCUGCUUUUUGGCGGGAGCGCCAUUUCUGAGGCCUAGUUUGCUCUCGUAGGCCCUCUAGAGGCCGUUCUGAGGUACUGCAGCGCUUGUUUUUAUUGCAUUAUUUUAGGCUGAUAUUGCAGCCUGUGUACUUUAAUUGUAAAGAAAAUAUUUUAGAGGCGAGCCAUUGUGGCUUAGUGGCUAGAGUGCAGGACUAGGUCCUGGGAGACAGGGUUCAUAUCCCUCCCUUAGCCAUUGUUAUAACAAAACAAAUCAAAAUCAAUUUGGGUUUCUUGAGGGGGUGCUUCCCUCUAAAAGGGCAAGCAGGGGUACCUGGACAGGCGGAGGGCUGCCUCAAGUCUGUUAUCUCAUUGGAAACAUUUAUGUCUGGCCUAGCAGGUGAUCCUAGGGCUUUGCUCGAGAAUUUGAUGGCCUCUGGCAGCGAUUCUGGCCUGAAUAGCGUCCCCAUGUGGUGCACGAAGGAUUGGUUUCACUGGUUCCUCACAUUGUUUAGUUUUUUGCAGACUAUGGCAGGGCCUUUGCAGAUGCCUCCAGAGCUUAUCUUUCCUGUAGAGGAUGACUUGCUGAUGCCCCAGGUGCCUUCUUCUGGAAGAAAGCGUCUUCAGAGGCGGCGAUCCAGGAGAGGAGGGCAAAGAAGAGCAGAGAUGAUUCUUACACUUCCUCACAGGUACUUCAUUCCUGGGCUUUGAUGACGAUUCAGGCGUCACCUUGGACCUCUAUGGGGUCAGGGUGAGGCUGUCCCGGGUCUUUAAGGAUCAUCCUGGUUAGCUCAGCGGGUCAGCAUGUGGUGCCAGUAAUGCCUAGGCUGCAGGAUUGGUCCCUGUAUGGGACAGCUGCAUGCUCCCCCAUCGUUCUACCUGGACAGAAGCCUGGUUGCAGGGGGCCGGGCAGAGGGCCUUCUCGGUGGUGGCACCUGUCCUGUGGAGAGCCCUCCCACCAGAUGUCAACUACCAGACAUUUAGAAGACAUCGGAAGGCAGGGGAAGCCCAGCUAGAUGGGCGGGGUAUAUUUAAUAUUAUUAUUAUUAUUAUUAUUAUUAUUAUUAUGGAGUGGACUAGAAGAUUGUUGGUGUCCCUUCCAACUCUACGAUUCUAUAAGUAGCAAUUCACUAUGAUGGGAAUGUUAGACCCAGGGCUGCCAUCAUCCCCACAGCUUGCUGGGAUCGCAGGGAUGGGGACAUGUGGACCACUUGCGCAGCUCCACAUUUCAAAUGGAAAUUCCCUGAGCAGUAGAACCUGAAACUGGUGUGCAGGAAGCUGGCCCGGCAGCAGCUUUGUUGUUUAGGGGUUCUGGACAGCGUCAGCCCUGUAAAUUCACACAUCAUGGUAGCAGCAUAAGACGCCCCCUGCCCAAGCGGGGGCUGGGAGCUGGCAAGCAAUAGCUCCUUAUCUCUGGCCCAUAUUCCCAUAAACUUAUCUCCCUUGAAAGCCUGGCUAAAAGGUUAUCUAGAUGGGUCAGCGACUUUGUGCUUGCGGGAAGGGUUUUCUCAAGGUUUAGGAUUCCUCUGGCUUUUAAGCCAGUGGCUCAGAAUACAGCAAAUCAAAAGUCAGUUAGAGAGCCACCUAAGGUAGCCAGAAAGAAGGUUAGGAAGCAGCUUGCAUUGGGACGUAUGGUGGGACCCCUAAGAAAGCCCCAUAUAAUUCCAUCUGAUCCUUAUUUAUCGCAUCCCAAAGGCACCUCAGUGAAUGACGCUAUCCUUAAGGAAUUGUUCCGCGAAGUUCACGUCUUUGGAUCAGGCGGUUGAGCUUACCACAAAAUUGGAAGAGGUGCCUUGUUGGCAAUAUGCUAUAUUGAAUCGGCUGUUAGGCUGCUGCUGGUUCACCAGCGAGAUUUUAAGUGGUUGGGCUUUAAUUUGGAUGGGGCUCCUUAUAUUGAUAAGGCAAUGCCGAUGGGUUGCGUAAUAGACUGUGCAGCACUCCAGUCCUUUAGCGCCUUUCUGGAUUGAACAGUGCGAGUUUAUACUCAUUUAACUGGGGGUACCAUUUUUGGGAUUAUUUUACUGGCUGGUUCAUGUGACACCAGCCUCUGUGUAGGCUUGCUAGACACCCUUUAUUCCUCUGAGGAGCUGGGUGUUUCAUAGGCAGUAACGUAUUUGGGGGUUAGCUGGAUACCGUUGCUCGAACAUCUGCUUGCCUGUGGUGAAGCUGUUUGCCUUCAAGGAAGUUAUUCUUGUUAUACUUCUUCUGAAGCAAGCGUUGCUUUGUCAAAUCCUAUCAUUUGCUAGGUCAGUUAAAUUUUGCAUGCAGGGUGGUUGCUCCAGGCUGCCCCUUCCGUUCCUGCUGGGCCAGGUUGUCUCAUGGCCUGAGGUCCCUUCUUCAUCAUGUACACUGGCCUUGAGCCUGGCAGGGCAAGCCAAUCAUUAUUUAGGGAUCCAGAUGGAUAUUGUUGCUCAAACAUACCGCUUGCCUAUGGAGAAGCUGUCUGCCUGGAAGGAAGUUAUUUUGUAAUACUUCUUCUGAAGCAAGUGAUGCUUCAUCAGAUCCAAUCUUCCUGGGUCAUUUAAUUAAAUAUUGCAUGCAGAUUGGUUGUUCCAGGCCACCCCUUCCGUUCCCACUUGGCCAGGCUGCCUUCGGCCCGAGGUCCCCGUACCUUCGUGUACGCUUACAUGGCAGGAUACCUUGAACCUGCACAGCGAUUUUCAGGUUCAUGCUGAUGCUGCUGGAUCUUUGGCCUUUGGUUUUUAUUUCAGGGGCUGUUGGUGUGCAAAGCCAUGGCCUCAAGCCUAGUGUGGUGAGGCUAUCAUGUGACCUAACUUUGCUUGAGUUUUUCCCAUUGUAGUAGCAGUUCACAUCUGGACCAGGAGUUCAGUGACCGUCGGAUCUGCUUUUGGUCUGAUAACCAGGCAGUGGUGAGCAUCUUGGCAGAACAGUCCACAUGCUCCAGCAGAGUCUCCGCCCCUCUGCUCACGCUUUUGAGCUGCACUGCUUAAGGUUUAAUAUUGUGCUUGCUGCUCACCUGAUUACGGGAUCCUCUAAUGAUAUUGCUGACACUCUAUCUCAUUUUCAGAUGGAGUGCUUCAGAUUCUGGACACUCAGCUAUUGCCGGACUUUUCCGGACCACCUGUUGCACUUUGACAACAAUUAGUAAUUACAGGGAGUAGCAGCUUCCAUUCCCCUUCUGCUUUUAGCUCUUAUGAGAAGGCCUGGACUGAUUUCUUAGGGUUUAGUUGACAGCCCUUGGCCUUUCAGAGGAACUUGCCCCCAUACGCAGAGCAGAUCCUGCAGGAUUUGGCCCACCUGCUGCAGAUUGGAUGUGCUGUAAAAACUAUCAGAAUUCAGUCCGCUGCAAUGUCUGUUAUAGUGAAGCUUAAUUUUUCAGAGACCCUUGAAAAAAGUUUGUCGUGCACAGGGCCUUGGACGGUUGGAAUAGGCUCCAACUUCAUAGGAUGGUGCACCUCUUCCAAUUGGGCCGAGUGGCCAGGACGCUCAGGAUCCAACUGGCGGCCAUUUCCUUUUCCUGCAAAGCCUUUUUUAAUAAAGACCCUUGCGCCAAAUUUGUGGUGUGCAAGGCUGUGGAAGGCUGGGGUAGGCUGGGCACUCUAUCCCCUGUGGUAAGGAAGCCUAUAACUUUUGAUUUGCUGACCAGCAUGCGCUCAAAGUUGAGGAGCAUUUGCUGGUUCAAAUAUGAAGCACGGCUUUUUCCAGCCGCCUUUUCUUUAUCCUUUUUUGGCGCCCCGAGGGUAGGUGAGGUGGUAUUGGAGUUCACCCGCGGCAGAGAGUCAAGGGGACUGCUUUUGCAGGACGUAACUCUAUCCCCUUUGGAGGUGGUCCUGUUUAUCCGGAAUUCGAAGACAGACCAGUUAGGCAGGGGUGCCACUCUUAGGCUGCCUGCCACUGGGAAUAAGGGUCCUUGCCUGGUUAAGGAUACCUCCAGGUAUUUGGAUCUCAGGCCAUGGGGGGAGGGUCCAUUCCUUAUUCAUGAGGAUGGUGCCCCGUUGGCUAAGCAUCAAUUUGCUAAGGUGAUGCGGAAAGCGAUUGCAGCUUGUGGUUUGAAAGCAGCAGGUUACGCCUCUCAUUCUUUCUGCAAUGGUGCUGCCACUACAGCAGCUCAUUGGGGACUGUAGAAAGAAUUAAGAACAUGGGCUGUUGGAAGUCCAAUGCAUUUUGUGGAUAUGUGCAUAGACAUCGUUGAUCACCCAUACUUAUAUUUGCUUGUCUUCUCUUAGGUGUGGCUGCUGUUCGCAUUGUGGGCCACAGCAUUGUCUACUGGGCCGGUAUCAGAGCAAGGGAGUCUGGACUUGGACUCAGUCUUGGCUUUCCUCAACACGCGCAAGUGUCUUGGCUGUCCAGGCGUGGAAUGCUGUGGGCCGAAUUGCUUCCCCUUGUUCGGAAGCAUGUGAGGUUGGAGGGCCCCCCUACAGCUAUCGUGCUGCAGUUAGGGGGAAAUGAUCUGCUUGCCACGGACUGUUGUUAUUUACAUUUUACAGUUCAAAAGGACCUGGCUGAAUUGGCAGAGUUUUUGCCGGGUGUGAAAGUUUUUGGUCCCAGUUGCUGCAGAGACGCACCUGGCGUGGCAGUCGCUGUCCAGCCGCCACUGAUGGAGCCAGAAAGCGUGUUAAUAAGGUGGCAAUGAAAGCAGUCAUUGCUCAUGGUGGUUCUGUGAUUGCGCACCCCGAUAUCACCUUCAAGGCGGCCGUCCUUUUCAGGGACGAUGGUGUGCAUCUUUCCCCGUUGGGAAAUGACACAUGGUUAAAUUCUGUUGUGUGGGUUUGAAGGUGGGGCUGCAGUUGUGAGUGGUUGGGGGCGAGCUUGAGUGCUCGGUGGCGGUUAGGCAUUGGUUUAUGGUUUGGUUGGUUGAGGGGAAGUGGUUGAGUGCCUGCCCUUGGUAGGUUGAGUGCCUACUAUGCUGCUGCUGCAAGGGAUUCCGUUAAAGGAAUUGGGGGCUAACCAUUGCUUGUCCACUCUGUCAAGGGGGCUCGGGCCAUAGCAAUGAGCUCCUGGUUGCAUUUGGGGUGAGGGCAGGUUCCCUGCUCCGCGUAACCCCCAAGUGUAUUCCCCUAUUCUG